UUUUUGGAACACAAUAGUUUUGGUGGUGACUUGAUCUGUUGGCACUAGAUCUAUCACUAACAUCUCCAAGAUGGCUCCAGGAAAGCAGAAAGUCCUCUCAAAAGAAGAAGAGUUGCUCCUGCAGGAUUUCAGCCGAAGUGUGUCCAAGAAGUCCAGUGCCCUCUUCUAUGGGAAUGCAUUCAUUGUUUCUGCAAUUCCAAUUUGGCUGUUCUGGCGUAUACAUUUGAUGGACCCAAUGAAGUCAGCUCUGCUGUUUGCUGCCAUCACCCUUGCAAGCAGUUGGCUGGUGGCAUUUGCUUACAGGAACACAAAGUUUGUCCUCAAGCAUAAAGUGGCUCUCAAGAGGGAAGAGGCCAUUACCCGGGAAAUCAACAAAAAAUUCGCUGAUGACAAGAAAAUGUCCAAGAAGGAGAAGGAUGACAGAAUCCUCUGGAAGAAGAAUGAGGUUGCUGACUAUGAGGCAACAACCUUCUCCAUUUUCUACAACAAUGCUCUCUUCCUGGCACUCAUCAUUGUCAUCUCCUGCUACAUUCUCAAGUCCUUCUCCCCUUCCAUGAAUUAUACCCUGUCUGUUGGACUGGCAAGUGGCCUCAUCGCCCUCCUUUCCACUGGAUCUCAGUGACACUGAAUGAACCAACCCUCUUGUUGAGAGAAUGGAUACAAAUAUGUGUAUCUCUAAUUAAUAAAAUUAUGAUCAAUA